CCCAUCCUCCUGCAGUCCUACUCCCACAAUCUUUUCUCAAACAGAAGAAACACACCGAAGUUCAAGAUCUUGAUGCUCUUCCACGCCAACUCCUCUCUUCAGCGUUUUGAUGAAGUGAAGGGAAAUUGCUUAGAGGGAAUAUUCAUUAUUCCCGGAUUGGGAAAUGAAGUUUGAGACCCGUUCGCAUGUUUUAUUCUGUGAUCCUUUCUGUCAGGUUCAUUGCUUCGUUCCUCCUCUCUUUUAGUUGUCUCUCCGCUUGUGGAAAAGGAAGCAGGAAAGGGAUUGUCAGAGUCAUGGCAGAGGUAGUGCUUUCACCUCUGAUUAAGUUGAUUUGCGAAAAGGUAGCUUUGAGAGUAAUCAAGGAGCUCAGCCCCCUGACCGGCGUUGCAAAAGAGUUCAGAAGACUGCGGAGCACUCUGUUGACAAUCCAAGACGUGCUUGAAGACGCUGAGGCGAGGCAGGUGAAUGAGAAGUCAGUGAAGAGGUGGUUGAGAAAGCUCAAAGAUGUGGCUUUUGAUAUGGAUGAUGUCUUGGAUGAGUUCACGGUUGAGAUGGCUGAUGCUGAGAAGCGGAAGAAGAAGGGAAUGAAGGGAAAGGCGUAUAACUUGUUUAUCUCAGCACCAAAGGUUCGUUAUAAGAUGGCUGACAAGAUGAAGGAGAUCAUGGAGAGGUUUGAUGAGGUCGCUAAGGAGAGUUCCAUAUUUGGUUUGAAAGUGGGCGCUAUCAAAGAAGAAGAGGUUGGUAAGAGAGAGGAGACUCAUUCGUACGUUAACGAAUCAGAAGUCUAUGGAAGGGAUGUAGACAGGGAGAAGAUUGUGGAAUUUCUGAUCAACUCGUUGUCAUCAGCGUCAAGUGAAGCUAAUCCUGAUGUUAUGCCUAUUGUUGGGCUAGGAGGGUUGGUCAAGACCACUCUGGCAAAACUCGCCUUUAAUGAUAAGAGGGUGUCCGAGGCUUUUACUAAGAAGAUAUGGGUCUGUGUUACUGAAGAGUUUGACGUCAAGAGACUCACAAGAUCAAUUAUAGCAUCCAUCACUGAGAGUGAGUGUAAUCUCCAAGAUAUGGACUCGUUGCAGAGGUUUCUAAGAGAAAAGCUCAGAGGAGAGAGGUUCUUUCUUGUUCUGGAUGAUGUAUGGAAUGAGGACCAGGAGAAGUGGGGCAACUUGAAAGAUCUGCUUAGUGGUUGUGCCACGAGAGGAAGUAAAGUCAUUGUGACCACUCGCAGUGAAAGAGUUGCUUCCAUUGUGGGCACCGUCUUGCCGCACUUGCUGACCGGGUUAUCAGAUCAGGACUGCUGGGUUUUGUUUGAGAAGAUGGCGUUUGGUUUUGGUGGUGCAGUGAAAACACCGAACUUGGUGGCCAUUGGGAAGGAUAUAGUGAGCAAGUGCGCAGGGCUUCCUUUGGCUGCCAAAGCUCUAGGAAGCCUGAUGCGUUUCAGAAGAGGAGAAAGGGAAUGGUUAGCUGUGAAAGACAAUGAGGUUUGGAGAUUGCCUGAGCAUGAGAACCAGAUACUGCCAUCAUUGAGGUUGAGCUACAACCACUUGCCUUCACGCCUCAAGCUUUGCUUUGCCUACUGCUCUAUAUUCCCCAAGAACUAUCUGGUGAGGAAGGAGACACUGGUUCAGCUGUGGAUGGCAGAGGGCUUCUUGAUCCAUGAUUAUAAUUCAUUUGAGACUGAAGACAUUGGGAAUGGAUACGUUGACGAGCUACUGGAACGAUCACUCUUUCAAAAUGGGUAUGCAGACAUUGAUGGCGUGGUGAGACAGGUAAAGAUGCAUGACCUCGUCCAUGAUCUGGCUCGCUCUGUUGCAGGUGAAGAGGGCUCUGUUACUGAUGAAGCUUCAGGAUAUGCAUUUGGGCAAGGCUGUAGAUACUUGUCCUUAGUUUAUGACAGACCAAUACCAGAGAGGAAGUCGCUACCAUUUCUCAAUGAAGCAAACAAGUUGCGCAGCUUCUACUUCAUUGCAGAAGAAAACAUGGAGGGCCAGUGUCAAAUCCAGGGACUGUAUAGCCCUUAUAAUGCAGGACCUAUGAAAGAGGCACUUGAGUGCAUUGUAUCUAAGCCAGUAUCCAGUCUAAAGCUCUUGCGUGCAUUGCAUCUAAGCCAAUAUCCAUUGAUCAGAGAAAUUCUGGAUUCAAUUUGUGAGAUGAAACAUCUGAGGUACCUCAACCUCUCCAGCACCGACAUUGGAGUUGUACCAACAUGCAUUGGCCUCCUUCAUAACCUCCAGACUUUGAGUCUAUCUUGUUGCAAUUGCCUUCAUAUAUUGCCGGACUCUAUUGGUCAGCUCUCCAACCUAUUGACCUUGGACCUCAGAUACUGCGGAUGUCUGCAAUCUUUGCCAAGUACCAUUGGUUGCCUUAAGAAUCUGAGGAUAAUUGAUUUGUCCAAUUGCAAUCUUCGAGCAUUGCCUGAAUCACUGAGCAGACUCUCCAACCUACAAGUUUUGAAUCUUAAAGAUUGUCGCUAUCUAUGUGAGCUUCCAGUGGCGAUGAAGGAAAUGAAAAGCCUCAUUCAUCUGAAUCUUGCUGGCUGUGUUGGGCUGAGUUGCAUUCCUGCAGGAAUAGGACAGUUAAGUAAUUUGCGAACAUUGUCAAUAUUUAUAGUUGGUGGAAAGACCAAUUGCAAUAUCAGAGAAUUGGGUAGCCUCAACAUUGAAGGUGAACUACAUAUAAAAAAUCUUGAGAAUGUUAGAGGCCCUGAUGAGGCUAAGGAGGCCAAUCUGAAGGAGAAGCAGGGCCUGCGGUCACUACGUUUAUCAUGGGAUGAGAAUGUGUACAGGACACCAGCACAAUCUAGUGAUGAUAACUUGCAUGACAUGGUUCCACAAUCUGAUCUUGUGGAUGGUGUGCUUGAAAACCUCCAACCAGGCGCGAACAUCAAUAAGUUGGCGAUUGAAGGAUAUGGGGGAAGGAAGUUCCCCACUUGGCUGAUGGACUCAUCAUUGCUUCACAAUCUGGUUAAUCUAACACUAGAUUCAUGCGUUAGAUGUGAAGUUCUUCCACCACUGGGACAGCUACGUCAUCUCCAAGUCCUCAGAGUCCGUCGCCUCCUUUCUAUCAGGUGCAUAGACUCAACCUUCUAUGGAGGCCAUGCUCCAUUCCCUGCUUUAGAGGUACUUCGUUUAUAUGGGUUGCCGGUGUUAGAAGAGUGGUCUGGCACAAGUGAAGGAGAAGUCUUUCCUUCUCUUAUUGUUCUAGGGCUAGGGCACUGUCCAAAUCUAAAGUCUCUCCCAUCAACGUUUCCUACUGUUACUGAUCUAGUAAUGAUUAAUGCAAAUGAAAGGGUUCUACUAAGUGCCCUCGGGGAUAGUGCCUUCCCAAAUCUGGACAGACGCUAUUCUUCAAGAGAUCAAGUGGUUGAAGACGUAAUGCUCUUUUUACGGCUUGUGGGUCCGCUUCAAUGAAGGUUUUGUAAAAUAAGGUAAAAUAAAGUUAUGGGAAGUAAAAGAAAGUUUUUAAACCUUUUCUUGCUUGGGGCAAGUUAAAGUAAAUAGAGGUUUUGAAACCUUAUUUUGUUUGGUUUGAAAGUAAUUGGAGAUAAGAUUUUAUAGUAAUAUUAUUAAAUUA